UAAAGUGCUCGCAUUUCCGACCGGCUUGCAGCGGUUAUCGAUAACCCACACCACCCAAAUCCCACCUAUAUCGGCAUCACCCCAAAAAGAAGAGCUUCGAUUAAACGCAUCACUAAAACUUCCCCCCAAAACUUCCCAAUCCCUCCGACAAAAAGGUUGGGCUUUCACAGCCCUUCCUCUCUCCCUCUCCCUCUCCCUCUCUAACUCCUUAGUUCCAUAAAAAACAUCUAAUUAACUCUCGCAAUGGCUCCCCAACCGCCAUCCUUCCAAUCCGCCCUCCUCGCCGGCGCCCUCGCAGGAACAACCGUCGACCUCUCCCUCUUCCCCCUCGACACCCUCAAGACCCGCCUCCAGUCCUCCGCCGGCUUCUUCCCCUCGGGCGGCUUCUCCGGCAUCUACCGCGGCAUCGGCUCCGCCCUCGUCGGGUCCGCCCCCGGCGCGGCCUUUUUCUUCUGCACCUACGAGACGGCAAAGGCCUUUUUCGGCCAGCGCAUACGCGGCAGCAACAGCAGUAGUGGAAAUGGUGAUAAUGGUGAUAUUUCAAGAACGUGGGUGCCCGCAGACGUCCUCACGCACAUGCUCGCCUCCAGCCUGGGCGAAAUCGCCGCCUGCUCCGUCCGCGUGCCCACAGAGGUCGUCAAGCAGCGCGCCCAGGCCGGCCACCACGGCGGCUCCUCCGCCCAGGCGCUGGGCCACAUCCUGAGCCGGUACUCCGCCCCCGGGGGCAGCCUGGCCGCGGUCUGGCGCGAGCUGUACCGCGGCUGGGGCAUCACUGUCUUCCGCGAGGUGCCCUUCACCGUGAUCCAGUUCCCGCUGUGGGAAGGCAUGAAGGCCUGGGGCCGGAAGCGCCGCGGCGACGGCAAGGACGUUUCGGCGGGGGAGAGCGCGCUGUACGGGAGCCUGGCGGGAGGCGUGGCCGCGGCGUCGACGACGCCGCUCGACGUGCUCAAGACGAGGGUCAUGCUGUCCAAGGAGCGGGUUUCCGUGGGCGACGUGUUCCGGCGCAUGGUAAGGGACGAGGGCGUGCGGCCCUUCUUUGCUGGGAUUGCGCCGCGGGUGACGUGGAUAUCCAUUGGCGGUGCGAUAUUCCUGGGGAGCUACCAAUGGGUCAUCAACACCAUGAACAGCAUAAGCUCAUAAACCAAAAAACGUCACGGAGUUUUUAGAGAGAGUGGGAACAUAAAAG